AUGCAUCGACUUGAAGGAUGUGAACCAGAGGCCUCAGAUGGCGCAGUUCCUGUGCAUGCGCAACAUCAAAGUGUUCCUGCGCACGUGUCACGAGGUGUUCGAGCUGCGCGAGACGGAUCUAUUCGACCCGUCGAUGCUGUUCGACCUGUCCAACUUCCACCGUGUGCUGUGCACGCUCGCCAAGCUCAGCCAGUGUCCAAAAGGCACUUCGCUAAUAAUAUCAAGCCGUUUUCGGCGCAUAGAACACAAUCCGAAGAGGACAUAUACAAAGAUCUGCAGGCUGUCGGCGGCGCAAGCGCCCCGGCCGGCGGCGACGGUGAGUACGCGAGCUACUGCGCGCGCAUCCACGACGAGGAGAUCUACCACGACCUGUGCGCAGUCAAGACCACCGCCAGGGAGUUUGCCAACCACACGCGCACUUUACACACACUAGCAACAUCAUCGCACAGUUUAGAAAAACGGGACUACGUUAUAAGAGAGUUGGUGGACACGGAGUGUAACUAUGUGGACGUCUUGAGCAAAAUCAUUAAAUAUUUCAUGAGGCCGCUGAUGCCGUACCUCAAGCCGCAGGAUCUGCAGGUCAUAUUCUUCGGUAUUAAGGAGUUGCACGAGAUCCACUCAGGGCUAUUACGUCAGCUGAAGCUUGCGACGGAGGCGUGCGUGCCGGGCAGCGGCGCGCCGCGACUGGCCGACGUGUUCCUGGCGUGGCGCGAGCGGCUGCUGCUGUACGGCGACUACUGCUCCAACCUCACGCAUGCGCAGGAGACGCUCAAGACCCUGGACGCUCGGGAUAACACCUUCAGCAAGCAGCUGGCGAAAUGUCAAAAGGAGCACAGCGACGGUCGGAUCCAGCUGCGCGACAUCCUGUCGGUGCCGAUGCAGAGGGUGCUCAAGUACCACCUGCUGUUAGACAAGCUCGUGCAUGAAACGCAACCGAAUCAUGAAGAAUUCAGAGGUUUAGAGAGGGCAAAAGAAGCGAUGGUGGACGUGGCACAGUACAUCAACGAGGUGAAAAGGGAUAGCGAAGUUCUCGCACUGUUGGCUAAAGUACGGGAGAGCAUCAUAGACGGAGAGGGCGAGACGCUGGGCGCGGGCGGCGCGGGGCUCGCCGCGUACGGGCGCCUGCUGCUCGACGGGGAGCUCAAGGUCAAGGCGCACGAGGACCAGAAGGUGCGCUCCAGAUACGUCUUCGUCUUCGACAAGGUCAUGCUCUUCUGCAAACCUGUCAAGGACAACCAGUACUCGUACCGCGUGGUGAUCCGGCUGGCGGAGUACCGCGUGGAGGAGGCGCUGGGACGGCGCGCACUGCGCGGCGAGGCGCGCUGGGCGGCGCACUUCUACCUCGUGCGGCGCGCGCGCGACGCCACCUACACGCUCUACGCGCGCACCGACGACUGCAAGCGCAAGUGGGUCAAGGCCAUACGCGACGCCAUAGACAACUUAGAGCCACCAGGAUGUCGGAGUACGAACCACAAGUUCGUUCUACACACGUUCCAAAAACCGGCGACAUGCCAUCACUGUUCCAAAUUCCUGAAGGGCAGAAUAUAUCAGGGUUACCUGUGCAGUGUGUGUAACGCGUGCGCGCACAAGGAGUGCAUCGCGCUGUCGGGGCGCUGCGGAGGGGGGCUGGCCCCCGCGCCGCCCCUGCCGCCGCACCACCCCAGCCACCAGCCCGACCACGCGCUGCACUACUACAUGUGGUACGUGGGCGAGAUGGGUCGCGAGACAGCAACGGCGCGGCUGGAGCGGCGCGUGGACGGCACGUUCCUGCUGCGCGUGCGCCCCAACCCGCAUAUCCCACAGCCGGCGCAACCCGGGCAGACGUCGAACGACACGCACUACGCACUCUCACUCAAAACGGACAACACGGUGAAACACAUGCGCGUGUGCCGGAAGCCGAUCGACCAGGUGCCGCACUACUUCCUCUCGGAGUCGCGCUUCUUCCGCAGCAUCGUCGAGCUGGUCUCCUACUACGAGAAGAUCAGCCUCUCCGAGAACUUUGAAGGAUUAAAUUCGAAUCUCCGCUGGCCGUUUCGGCGCGUGGUGGCGACGGUAAUCCACGACUUCAGGCCGCUGGAGUCGUCGCAACUGGCGCUGCGGCCUGGAGCCAAGGUGCUCAUCCUCAGCAAGGAGGGCGACAGUCGCGGCUGGUGGAAAGGACGCAGUUUGGACAAGGGUGACAACCGGUCAGGGUACUUCCCGAAGGAGUGCGUGCGCGAGGAGCCGGAGUGCAUCGGCGCGCUGGACUGAUGCCAGCUGUGCCUCGCCGAGCGCGAGCUGCACUACUCCGCGCCGCCGCGCCGUCCGCGCCGCCGCACCACCAGCGACCACUCCGCCGAACACACCGACGACGACCUCGUCUGAGCGCAGCGCUCACUCGCAUACUGAACACGCCUCCGGGCAUACCGGACAAUACGCAUUCGAUCCGGCCAGACCGGUCAUUCACCAAGCAGCAUGGAACAAAUUACUGUGUCUAAACUAAUGCGAAUUUUGGUCAUGGCGGCUAAUCUGGAGAAAUACCAGAAAUAACUGAAGGAACAUUCUGUGUACGUACGUAUUGGUGUUUAAUGCAUUUACGACAUGGAGACGUUAGAGAAUUGUGCUAUGACAUUAAUAGUGGUUAAUAAUUUAGGUGCUAGAGGAAGUGCACGUAACAAUAUAGACGUCCUUACGUAUCGAGCCCAACGAUGAAGUCGGAAUUAUACGUGGACACAUACGUCACGCGAAUCAAAUGUUGGAUCAAACAUUGUAACGAGUUUAUUAGCAUUGUUAAAAUAUCAUGACAUUAGUUUUGUGUGGAAAUAAAGAUAUUGUGGUUUGAUACCUCCUCUUUUGAAGGAGUCAAAAACCAUUUCACACAAAAAUGAAAUUAAUAUCUGUGGAAUAUAUUCAGAAUCAUGUAGUCAUUAUGAAUAUCAUUUACCAUUAUUAUAAAAGUACACAUAUAAAAAUGUUUUAAAUAUCUGUUAUAAAGUGGAUGCUCAACAUUUUGAGCUCAAAUUAAGAACAAUAUGGAGUUAAGGCACUGGUCAUAUUUUAUAGAUGUUUAUUGAUAAACGUACUAUAUUAAUUUCGGAUAGACAUCUCAUUUCUUUUAAAGGGCACGCACUUGUCUAUUUUGUGCAAUUUUGGUCACACUCGGACGUGCAGUGACAGGGCCGUGGUAUUUUAUAUGAACAUAGAAUAUCUGAGCACUUAAAUGUACGUGCGUUUUUUAUAUUUAUCUCCGAAAACGCACGAUACAUGCACGCCCGUAAUUGGCUAAAGCUUAGUAUAUUUUGUAAUUAGAACAUUGUAGAAAUAUUCGUUACUCUUUAAAAGAAAUGCGAUGGGUUAAAUUAAUACUACUUAUAUCGUUGUCGAGUAGUGAAUUAUAUUUAUUGAAUGUUCACUAUUGUGAAUGUAUUUAUAGUUUGAUGUAUGGCGCCACGGCAAACCAUAAAUGUUAGAAUAUCUCAGUGUAAAUAAGAAUCAUUUUGGCCUAAUUGCACAUCCGUGACAAUACCGGUCCGUGACGUAGCCGUGCGUUAACAUUACGCGGAUGUCAUUUUAUGUGAGUAUUUUGUGUAAUUCUAUAAAAAAAAUGUGAAUAUUUUUAUUCCUGACGCCACACGGUCCGGCCCCGUCACGGGUACGUGUCAAUAGACCUUAAAUUAUCGUCUAGUCAACAUCAUGGUUGACGAGGGUAGACAGGUUACAAUAAAUAAUUCCAUCCUAGAUAUAAGCUAUAUAUCUGUCAAAGUACUUGUUGCCUAACCUAUCUUUGGCUGGAUGGGUUAGGUUAGGUUAUCCAACUUUCUUCAAUAUCCUUGAUAUGUGGCGCUGCAAAGAAGUAAUCUCAAUACAAAGGUAUUAAACAAUUAUAAGAUUAUAAGGCCUAUUCUGACAAAAACAACGACUUAUUGGUUGUAGAUACCAGCACUAUAGUCGCAAUUUGGAGGUUUGUGGAUAACAUGCACCCAGAAUUGGCCCACUCACGCGUCAUAACUCUUUUCUCGACUAUUUGUACUAGAUUAAAGUUGACAGUUCAAUAAACGGCCAGUUGUAUAAAGGCACAAAUAUUUUAAAAUUAGAACGUAAAAUAAAAAAAGAAACACUAGAAAGGUUUUAUACAAAAAUAUGAUUGUUGCUUUAUUAAAAGUGCUUAUGAGAAAUUCUUGAUACUUUAACCCAUUUAUUUAAAUUGCUCGCUUACAUGCGAGCGUUUCUAAAAUAUAAAUCUAUUCGUAAUCUUUAAUCUAGUACAUAUUAUAUACAACUCAAAUAUCUCUGUAUAAUAGGAGUUAAUAUAGUUGUAAAAUAUUAUCAAAGUUGACUACUUCUCAAAUUCUAUUCUUCGAAUUAUAAAGACGAACUUUUUGGUGAUCUCACGCUAGGUUCGAAAAAACUAAUUGUACAAAAUUCGGGUCCAAUGUAGGUAUUGGUAACCCUACAAAAAAAUUUAUUUAAUAUGUUAAAAAUUGUGAUUGCUUUGAUGUCACACGGGAUGAAAAACUUUUUAAUUUUAUUAAGUAGCGUGGGCAAAUAUGGACAUAGAACAAUUUUUGUUUAUAUGGAGACACAAAAUAUAGGUUAAUUGAAUUAACCAAAAUAUAUAUCGUCAAUAUAGUCUCGUAAAAAUAACGUGUUGGUAACUCUGCGUGGGAUCGGCGGUCAGUUCGCGCUCUCUUCAGAUAUCUAUUCGGCACUUGGGUGUUUUGAUGGUGCGUAAAAUGCUUUAAAACUAGUGAGUAUUGUAAAACGGUUAAUUUAGGUAAGUGUCUAUUCUAUUACGCUCUCAUUUCAUACGCACGAUAUAGGCGCGGAAGAUGUUAGGAUUUUAAUAAAGAAUUGUUUAAUUGCAGAUAUACCUUUUUGUAAUAUUUAAGUUGACACAAGUGAAAAAAAUAUUUUUUACCAUACAAAUAAUUUGUCUUAACAUCUUUACUUUUGCAAUAUUGAGUAUGUGUCAUAUUAAACAAAUGAUUUGGUUUACAAGUGUGUUUUCAAAAGUGUACCUAUUGUAUUUUUUUAUUACCUGCGAGUCAAUUUAACUAAAACAAUAAUUUAAAAUUUAUGAGGUAUAAAUUUGACAUUACAAUUCAUAAAAUGGUUUAACUUUAUUGUAAAUAUGUUUUAUAUGCAGUUCAUUUUGCACACCCCACCAUGACCAAUCUAUUGCUCAAUUUGCGAACAGUUUUAUGAAAGAUUUUUUUAUUAUGUAUUUUCAUUUUUGAACGAUUUUUAUCUUCUCUUAAUUUAAUUAAAAAUGGACAUGCAUAGAAAAUAUUGUGAUUAAUAUAAUUCUAAUGAUAUAAUUUUAUACUGUUCAAUAUUUUAUUAAGUCACGUCAACAUGGGUUAUUUUUGACCUCAUGGCAAUGACCUGUUUUGCCCACCUUCCUCUAAACAACGUAAAAUUGUUACGUUCAAAUACAUAAUACCGUUUUUAUUAUACAUAAUGAUUUAUUCAGUAAUAUGUAACCACAGUGAGAUAAAGUGCCAAACUCCGUUCACGUUCAAUCGUUUAUAUUAGUUUAUUUAUUGUGAACGAUUCGUCUUCCUUUAGUAGGUAAUUGUAAUGCAAUUUAAUUCUUGUACAUUAUUUUUUUAUUAACGGGCUCUUUGGUAGUGCGUAUUUCAUAGUAUAAAACAUCAACGGUUGAAGGCUAAUUGACGUCGGCGACCUUUUUUUUUCGAAAAGUUUUAACUAAUUUAAAAAAACAUAGAAAAAAAAUGAUUUUACAUAUGUAUGAAACUUAAUGUCGCAAUUGUCGGUAUGUAGUCUGGCUAAUACGGCACGCAGUCGUAAUUUGUUGGCAUAAUGAUACUCGGGUGAGUGUCAACAGCUUCAGCUCAUAAGUGCUACAGGUUUUUCGGUAUCAAACGUGAUAACAAUCCGUAUGUAUUUUUAUUUGUUACACUUGUACCGACAAGAUUUAAAAACUGCAAUUUUUCGCAUAUGAAACAAUUUGAUAUAACUAAAAUUCGUAAGGGCUUUUGCAAGUUCAUUUAUAAGAUAAAUGCAUUUUUGUUUACCAUUUAUUUGGGAGCUUUAGUUAUAUUUGAUCGCUCUUUCUUAUAUUCGAUGAUUAAAGUUCGUAAAGACACAUCACGAACGAAAUAAGCCCUUAAUAAGGUAUUUGACUUAUUUUGUUAUUUAUAAUCUUUAUAAAAUAUUUGCGUCGUAUGCAUUGUAAAACAGAAGAAAUCAUUGAUAUCUGGUGAAAAAAUCCACUAAGCCAUUUAAAUUUGGUAGUUGAGGUGGGUGUCAAAAAACAGAAAAGAGACUAAAUACUGGCAUGUGACGUCAGCGGGCAUAACGAUUCGUGCGUUAGAAAGAGGUGGAGCGAUAACCCCACUCCACGUUCACUCCUGCAGGUAGCAAUAUUGAAAUUUGAAUUACUGCCUCAUUUAUUAUCGAAUUUUUAUGCUGUUUUCACAGAAAGAUUUCUUUUUUGUACUCCUUAAAUAAACGCACUAAAUCAAACAUAGUUAAAUACCCUGUUGAUUCAACUAAUGCGCUAAGAUACCAACGGGCCCGUUAUAUUCCAUUGUAUUUUUACAAAGUACCUCAGUUAUGCUGCCUACAUUCCAGUGCAUAGUAUUAAUGUCGUGGUGGAGUAACAGCUACUAUUUUGACUACGGGCCAAUUUUGAGGGCAAUAACAUCUACAUUUUAUUUAACAACAUUCAUGGGUUUCAAGGUAUACUAUAGAAGAGAGGAAAACUAAGCCUAUCUACUACUGAGUAAAAACCCCUAUAGAAUCUCCAAUUUAUUGUGGUGUUUGGAAUGUUUUUUUUUUUGGUACAUACUUUAAAGGUGCUGUCCAUCAAGGUGCUUUAUGCAUUUAUUAUUAUAUUUUAACUUGAAUUUAUGCUUUACUUUUUAUAUUACAAAUAAACAUUUGCCCUCAAACUUGGUCCAGCUUUUAUAUCUUGUGCAAUUGUUUUAUUGUAACCCAGUGAUUUAAUAAUAUUAUACAGCAAAAAUAAGAAGUUGUUUUUAUAUUAAAAACACAAAUAUGAAAAUGUUGCAACAUUCACUCACAUAUCACGUCAUAACAAACAUUCUUUGUAUAUCUAACAAUUAAUAUUAAGCGAAACUCAAGUGUUAAUAGUAUCUUUCAUGUUUCCAUGGACGUUAUGGUGGCAAAAUAUAUCUUUAAAUUAAACGUAGAAAAUGGAGAAUUAUGUUGUCGAAUAAAAAUAAAAUUUAUAGGUCAAUUUUCACCCACUUUAAGGGACGUAAUAUUGUGUAAGGGGUCAUGGGUCGAUGUAAAAGUAGAUUAAAUCGGAUUCUCAAGCAGUAUUUUUGUCUUUCCUAAAUGUCACCAUAACCUUCUAUAAUAUAUUGUUGUUUAAAUCUGUAUCUCUGUAUAUAAAGUUAACUUAUUCUUGUUGUAGAAUUUGUAUCUAGUUCACUUAAUGUUCUACUGGAUGGUUGCAAUCUACCCUUUUGCGUAGUAGGUGUCAUUAUAAUGAAUCGUAUAAUAAAUGUUUAAUGUAUUUGAAAGUGGUGAGGAGACUAUGCCACUGGAUAUACGGAUUAGUUGCAAUACAAAAUUUGUUUCACAAUAAUUAAUUAAAAGACAUGUAAUGAGUCUUGUGUGUUAUGUCUGCUCUGUUGGAGACUUAUUUAAAAUGCUAAUGUUGUUUUUAUAUAGUUACAAAAUGAAAUCUUUUAUAUUAUAUAUGAAUUGUAUACUUUGACUGUCAUACCCACCGAUAACUUGAUUAUAAUUUGUAAAGAAUAAUUCCCUGUCUCUCGCCACUUUCAACUACAUGCAUAUAAUGAAUGUGUUAUAAAAUAAACAUAGUUCAACUAUAAAUGUCAAAAUAUAAUGAUAUGCUUCAAUAUUGUAGUUAGGCACAUUAAAUAAUUUUAUGUAACCACCGCUUUAUAUAAAGUUGUGAAACAAAUAUGUGUAAUAAAUGUUAAUUAAACAACAUAAUAACUAUCAUAUAGUAUGUACUGUGUUGUGUAUGUCGACGGGCACACAAAUUGUUGUAAAAAUAAAAAAUAUAUUUUCUUGUGGGUAUUUCCGACAUUUUUGCGGCUGGCAACAGGUUAUUUAAAAAAGCGCGAAAAUGUUAUGUUUGAAAAAAGAAAAAAUAUUUUUAGUAUCGGUAACACAGUCGGUCACGCCCACACUAACAUAGGUGCAUAGAAUAAAUGAAUAUGGUUGUUGUAAUAUAAAAGAUAUAUAUUUUUUGUAUUUAGUUGGUCAGCCGAGGCCUGAAGCCCGAGGGCCGGCGAUGUGGCGGCGCCGUCACGGUGAUAGAUAGAACAAUACAUUGUACAAUAUUGUGUUUGUAUUGCAGAAACUAUAUCAACGCGGGUAGCGUGCUGGGCUCGGAAUUCAUUCUUAAAACCACCUUUUUUCAAUGUUACACAAGACCCACAAUAGAGUGAAACGUAGCACAAUGCUUUGUGUCGAAGCCAUCCAGGCGUCCUGCCCAUGCUUCCCUCGGUCUCACCCGAGAUUGUUCAGUUCACUCGACUGAAACUUUGCGAGUCAAUAAAGCGAUGGGGGCCUUAGUAUGUGAUCAAUUGAAAAGAAAGCGUAACAGAUUUUUUUUUUAUUUCCAGUUAAAUUUUAUCCGGGAUUUAAAUGUCCAGUGUCUCUGAGGAUUUUGUUUCACGUCAGCUAACGACAGCUCUGCUUCUCGUUCGCCCGGCACGACACCCCGUGAAAAUUCUGUUUAUCAACCUGUUCUCAAAUAUUUUUGUGCCAAAAGAGUAAAAAAUGUGCAGUACCUAUGAUCUCUUGUUAUUAUAUUACAUGUUUAGAAAAUUAUAUUUUUGCACGCAUUUGUAGUGUGGGAAAAUAUAUUUUGAUAUGUGGCGACGCUUGCUGAGUGAUGACAAAUAAUCUGCUGCAUUAUUUGCGGAAAUAGACUUAGUGAAUGUUUAUUUGGUGCUUUGAGAAUACUCUUCCUCAUAUUUGACAGAUUUGCUUAGUUGCACCGUGAAGAAGUUAAUUUAAUUUAAAUAUGAAUUGUUUAAUGUUUGUAUUUAUUACUGAUAUUUAUGUAGUACGAGUAAUACAAAUAAAUUCUUUAGAAGAAGUCAUUUACCAAAAUUCAUCAUCUGAUAAUUUUGUAAAUAAACCUAAAUCAACCGUUAUUUUACUAGAGUCCACACCACACAAAGCAAAGCAAAUCUGUGACAAAUAACUUCAAUGCAUUUAAUGAAACACUAGUUAAUUACAAUUGCAAUGCAUUGCACUGACAAAUUAUACUUUAGUACAAUUAUAAUUAAUGUAUUGACCGUAUGGAUGUUCAAUGAUUUGCGGAAUAGUAACAUAAAUUAUGCACGUAUUUUAAGUUUAUAUUUUACAUAAAUUCACUCAACGCGGUUUCGUAUCACUAAGCCAGUCAUAUUGCAAUAGGUUUUCACCGAUGUAUACGUUUAAAAUAAAAUAAAAUACUUUAUUUAUCACGUAGGCGAACAAAGUUGCACUUAUGAUACGUCAAAACAAAGAAUAAGAAUAAUUAUUAUUUCUAAACAACUAUUAAAAUCACUUAUAUAACUAUGGAGAUUUUAAAUUAGGGAUAAAGUUUAUACAAAAGACUAGGUACAAAAGUACGAAGUAACCAGCUCGGGCUGGCAAGUAGGGGGAAAAUUAAAGGGGAAAGUUUAAAAUCUUAUUACUGCGGCAAAUAAAAUAUAUUGCUUGUUUAAAAACUAGAGACAUUUUUAUUGUAAGUAAAUAAAACUAAAUGAGCUACUACGGUAUUUUGGAUAUAAUUAAAUGAGAUUUUUUUAGGAAUUAUCAAUAUUUUAACAUAAAAUACAAAUGUUCAUCGAAACCGCGUUGUGUAAGGGCUGACAUGUAAUAAACAAACUGGUGUAUAUGCAGUGUAUGAAGUAUUUAAAAACAUCUUAUAUUGUAUCUUCAUUAUUUCUUGAGUGGCUCAAGUAACUUCAAAAUAAUUUGCACUACUUAUAUAGAAACUUGCAUAUAUUAUGCAUGUUGUAAAUGAUUGCAUGCAUGCAUAUGCGCCGGUGUGGUUUGUAUUUGGUGACGUCAGCUUUGCGAAGGUUGGCGCUAUGUCGUUCGAAAUGGUACGCGAGCGCAUCCGCCGUACGCAGUUAGUAUAGAAUGUAUUUUGAUAUUAUUUAUGUUCACGUUUGUAUAUAUUAUUCUAAUGAACUGGCAUAUCUCACUGUUCUGUAGUCAUAAGGUGUCGCUCCACAAUAAAUACUAUGGACGAAUA